AGCUUCCCGCUUGAAAGUGGGGCGGAGCUACAGCGCGCCCAGCCCGUGACGUCAGCCUGUCGGCUUUGGCGGGACUUUUUGUUUCCAAUUCGCGCUCAUUUCAUUCCAGAAGAGACGAAGGAGUCGUGAGGGGAAAAUCCUGUGAAUCGGGGCGAAAAUAUGGCCGUCAGGAGCGCGUCAUGUUCGAUAAGAUCACGUCCCGGAUCCAGAAGCUGUGCUAUGGACUCAACGCAGACUUUGUGGAUCCGGCUCAGAUCACAAUGAAGGUGAUCCAGGGGCUGUACAGCGGAGUGACCACAGUAGAGCUGGAUACACUGGCAGCAGAGACCGCCGCCACCCUGACCACAAAGCACCCGGAUUAUGCCAUCCUGGCAGCGCGUAUCGCAGUCUCCAAUCUGCAUAAGGAAACCAAGAAAAUCUUCAGCGAUGUGAUGGAAGAUCUGCAUAACUAUGUGAACCCCUUGAAUGGCAAACACUCUCCUAUGGUUUCUAAAGAGACACUGGACAUUGUAUUGGCCAAUAAGGAUCGUCUCAACUCCGCCAUCAUUUAUGACAGAGACUUCUCCUAUAACUUCUUUGGAUUUAAGACACUGGAGCGCUCCUAUUUACUGAAGAUUAAUGGAAAAGUGGCUGAACGUCCCCAGCACAUGCUCAUGAGGGUUUCUGUAGGAAUUCAUAAAAAUGAUAUAGAUGCAGCAAUAGAGACAUACGACCUCCUGUCCGAAAGAUGGUUCACCCACGCGUCUCCCACUCUGUUCAAUGCUGGCACCAACAGGCCCCAACUCUCCAGCUGUUUCCUGCUCUGCAUGAAGGAUGACAGCAUUGAGGGAAUCUAUGACACUCUGAAGCAAUGUGCUCUGAUUUCUAAGUCUGCCGGAGGGAUUGGUUUGGCCGUCAGCUGUAUCCGAGCCACUGGAAGUUACAUUGCAGGGACGAAUGGCAAUUCCAAUGGCCUUGUUCCCAUGUUACGUGUUUACAAUAACACCGCUCGCUAUGUGGAUCAAGGAGGAAAUAAGAGGCCGGGUGCGUUUGCCAUCUACCUAGAGCCAUGGCACUUCGAUGUAUUUGAGUUCUUGGACCUGAAGAAGAAUACUGGAAAGGAGGAGCAGAGAGCGAGAGAUCUGUUCUUUGCUUUGUGGAUUCCAGAUCUCUUCAUGAAACGAGUGGAAUCUAAUGCGGAUUGGUCACUGAUGUGUCCCCAUGAGUGUCCAGGUCUGGAGGAAGUUUGGGGAGAGAAGUUUGAAGAGCUCUAUGAAAGGUACGAGAAAGAGGGUCGGGCCCGUAAAGUAGUGAAAUCCCAACAGCUGUGGUACGCCAUUAUGGAAUCUCAGACAGAGACUGGAACACCUUAUAUGCUCUACAAGGAUUCGUGUAACCGGAAGAGCAACCAGCAAAAUCUUGGUACCAUUAAAUGCAGUAACCUAUGUACAGAGAUUGUGGAAUACACCAGCGAGAAUGAGGUUGCUGUGUGUAACUUGGCGUCCCUCGCUCUGAACAUGUACGUGACCCCUAAGGGAACCUAUGAUUUUGACAAGCUGUCGAAAGUUACCCAAGUCAUAGUCAGGAACCUGAACAAGAUAAUUGAUAUCAACUUCUAUCCAAUCCCAGAGGCUGAAUACUCAAACAAGAGGCACCGGCCCAUUGGGAUCGGAGUGCAGGGCCUGGCGGAUGCGUUCAUCCUGAUGAGAUAUCCCUUUGAGAGCUCAGAAGCCCAGUUACUAAACAAACAGAUCUUUGAGACCAUUUACUAUGCAGCUCUGGAGGCCAGCUGUGAACUCGCCAAAGAGUGUGGCCCCUACGAAACAUACCAGGGGUCUCCAGUUAGUAAAGGGAUCUUACAGCAUGAUAUGUGGGAUGUGAGCCCUACAGACCUGUGGAACUGGCAGAAACUAAAAGAGAACAUCGCCAAGUACGGCGUUAGGAACAGCCUGCUCUUGGCUCCGAUGCCUACAGCUUCCACUGCGCAAAUUCUGGGAAACAAUGAGUCCAUCGAACCGUACACCAGCAACAUCUACACACGCAGAGUCUUAUCUGGGGAGUUCCAGAUUGUGAACCCGCACUUGCUGAAGGAUCUUACAGAAAGAGGUCUAUGGAAUGAAGAGAUGAAGAAUCAGAUCAUUUCUUGUAAUGGAUCUAUUCAGAGCAUCGCCGAGAUCCCUGAUGAUGUAAAAGCACUCUACAAAACAGUGUGGGAGAUUUCUCAGAAGACCAUCAUAAAGAUGGCGGCUGACAGAGGAGCCUUCAUCGAUCAGAGUCAGUCUUUGAACAUCCAUUUAGCAGAACCAAACUAUGGCAAGCUGACCAGCAUGCACUUCUAUGGCUGGAAGCAGGGACUGAAAACUGGCAUGUACUAUCUGCGCACGCGGCCGGCUGCCAACCCCAUCCAGUUCACACUAAACAAGGAAAAGCUUAAAGAAAAAGGAAGCGUCGCAAAGGAGGAAGAGAAAACAGAAGAGAAGGAGCGCAAUAAAGCCGCCAUGGUGUGUUCCCUAGAAAACCGUGAUGACUGUCUCAUGUGCGGUUCCUAGAGGAGAACGCGGAUCCUGCUCUUACAAUAAACAGACUUUAGGCUGCUUAUGACUGGACUGUCCAUGUAAAGCCUUAUCCCAUACGCACAUAGUCAGCAGGUCUAUCAGGUUGGGCCUUGUAGAUCAGUACCUGGAGGUCAAGAAAGGGGUCGUCACUCCGCUCUGUCAUUCUCAUGCACUAGAAACUAAUGAAUUGAUCUUUUUUUUUCUACAAAAGGUCUUCAGA